AUUUAGAUGAACGAAAGAAAGUGUUGUGUUACGGCCUCAAAUUUUGGCGUUAUGAAAAGAAAGAAAUAGACGAUUCAUUUUUAGAAAACACAUUUGACAAUUCAUUUUUAUUCUGUUCCCACUUCUUAUGGGCAAGCAAACGAAACCAUUGCAAAACAAAUGUAUAUCAAACAGCCCGGGAAUCAUAUUCAUGACAUUGGACUUGUCAUAAAUCCAGCUUUUCCAUUUUUAGGUGCUACACCAGAUGCAAGUGUUUGUGAUAAAGGCGAGACUGAGCUCAUUGAAAUUAAAUGUCCUUUUUCAGCUCGAGAUAUGACACUUACAGAAGCAUGCAAUACACUGAAAGAUUUCUUUUCAGUGCAAAAUGAUGAUGAAUAUAAAUUUAGAAACCAUAUUCACUGGUUUCAGAUUCAGGGACAAUUUCUCAUAACUGGGGCUCAAUUUUACGACUUUUUCACUUUUACAAGACCGGAUUUCUGCAUAGAGAGAAUGUCUAUAAAAUAAGGUUAGCUAACCUUUGACAGCACCAACUAUAUUCUCUAUCUGUACCAUUUCAUUAAAGCAUUUUCUUCACAGUUUUCAUACUCAAUCAGAUUUGACUUGAUAGAAUAUCUGUAAAGAAAUUUGUACAUACAUGAUUAUAUUUUAGAAUUUUUAUAUCAGAGAUUGGUAGAGACUAAUUUUGUAAUUACAGCAGUAAAAUAUUUUAAUUGUUUGCUGCUAAAGCCGGUCGUCUAAUUUUAAUAAAUAUGAUAAUUAGACUAGCCAUUAAUUAAAAAAAUGCAACAUUAACACAAUUUUCUCAAUUUUAAUUUCAUGCUAUUACCAUAACUUGAGUUACAGAUGCAUAAAGAAUGUAUGUACUUUAUA